GCUUUUUUGGUGCAGUUAGUUGUACUCAGCCCUGUGGCUGUCCUAGCCCUACUGCUGGGACCUGAACCCCAUCGAUCCUGGUACGCAGAGUAAUCAUUGCUGAGUUUGAGACAAGCCUUCUUGGAUGAGUGGCUUUGAAUGAAAAGUUUAGUUGAUCAUCUAUGUUAGCUCUGAUGAGCACGAGAAGGGAGACUUAAGUGGCAGCAGCAAUAUUUGGGUAGCCAGCAAGACUGCUGUGUGAUGAAACCUUUUGCUCUCAGUUCAUACUCGAGUAACAUAAAGAUUGCUGCCAAAGCUUUCUGACGAGGAGCAGCAAGAUGGGAAAAUGGGGCAGUGUGAGCUGACACCUUGGGUUCGCUCAGUUCCGAAAUGGGGCCAGCCUGAAUACCUCCUAACUACAGAUGUUUGUGCUGCAAAAUUCCUGCUUCUGUGCAGUCAUGAGAAAGAAGUAGAUGGGACUUGGUGAAUUGUAUCGGUGCUUUAGGGUUUUUUUUUUUUCUCCUGGUCAAAUCCAAGCAAUUAGGAGAUGAGCUGUCACUUUAAUUUGGCAUGGGAAAUGCUGUUUGGGCCAGGUGUGUGCUCCAGUGGGUCAGAGAUUCCUGAGAGCCCUCGAGUUCCAGGUUGUGGCUGCCCACGCCGAUGAACCUCUUUCUCCUCAUCCUCUCUCGUAGUGUCACAGUACAGAAAGGAACUCUGGAAAAUGAAAUUAAGUUCUUAACUGCAGAAAUUGAGCGCCUGAAGAACUUUGGGUGCUUGGGAGUCUCCCCGAGUUUGGAAGGAUUGCGAGACGAAAACGCAAAACUUAAAUAUCGGUUAAACUUCCUUCGAAAGAGCCUUCAAGAGGAAAGAAGUAAACCGGUGAAAAGCAUGAUCAACAUCAACAGCUAUCUUCAAGAGAUCUUUGGAGCUGCCAUUCAGGCUGCCUACCCAGAUUUAGAAAACCCUCCGCUAGUGGUGACACCAAGUCAGCAGCCCAAAUUUGGGGAUUACCAGUGUAACAGCGCCAUGGGCAUAACACAGAUACUGCUCAAAACCAUGGAACAGAAGGUGAGUCCAAGAGAAAUCGCUGAGAAAAUAUCGAAAAAUAUUCCUGCCAAUGAAUGCAUUGAGAAGGUUGAAAUCGCCGGUCCUGGUUUUAUCAAUGUCCACUUGAGAAAAGAUUUUGUAUCAAAGCAGCUGAGCAGUUUACUGGUGAAUGGAGUUCAACCACCAGCUAUCGACCAAAGGAAAAAGGUGGUGGUGGAUUUUUCUUCCCCUAACAUUGCAAAGGAGAUGCAUGUUGGUCACCUGCGGUCUACCAUCAUUGGAGAGAGUAUGUGCCGCCUGUUCGAGUUUGCAGGUUAUGAUGUUUUGAGGUUAAACCAUUUAGGAGACUGGGGUACCCAGUUUGGAAUGCUUAUUGCUCACCUCCAAGACAAAUUUCCGGAUUACUUGACCGUUUCUCCUCCCAUUGGGGAUCUCCAAGCUUUCUACAAGGAAUCCAAGAGGAGAUUUGACACAGAGGAGGAAUUUAAGAAGCGUGCCUACCAAUGUGUGGUGCUGCUGCAGAGCAAAAACCCAGACUUCAUAAAAGCAUGGAACUUGAUAUGUGAUGUGUCUCGGAAGGAGUUCCAGAAAAUCUACAACUGCUUGGACGUUACACUCAUAGAGAGAGGGGAAUCGUACUACCAGGAAAUGAUGAAAGAUAUCGUGCAAGAAUUUGAAGACAAAGGAUUUGUCCACGUGGAUGAUGGGCGGAAGGUCGUGUUUGUCCCAGGUUUCUCAGUUCCCUUGACAAUCAUGAAAUCAGAUGGAGGCUACACAUACGACACAUCUGACUUAGCCGCUCUUAGACAAAGGCUGUGUGAGGAGAAGGCUGAUAUCAUUAUUUAUGUUGUCGAUAGCGGCCAGUCAGUGCAUUUGCAGACAGUGUUUGCAGCUGGACAGAUGAUCGGCUGGUAUGAUCCCAAAGUGACCAGAGUGACCCAUGCUGCAUUCGGAGUGGUACUGGGAGAGGACAAGAAGAAGUUCAAAACUCGUUCAGGGGAUGCAGUGCGUCUUACAGAUCUGCUGGAAGAAGGGCUGAAACGAGCCAUGGACAAGCUGAAAGACAAGGAACGGGACAAGGUCCUCACCGAGGAAGAGCUGAGAGCUGCCCAGACGUCAGUUGCUUUCGGAUGUAUUAAAUAUGCAGAUCUCUCCCACAACAGACUAAACGAUUAUGUGUUCUCCUUUGACAAGAUGCUGGAUGACCGAGGAAAUACAGCUGCUUAUUUGCUCUAUGCCUUCACCAGGAUCAGAGCUAUUGCUCGCUUGGCCAAUAUUGACGAGGAGAUGCUGCAGAAGGCAGCCAGGGAGGAGGUGCUCAUCCUUGACCAUGAGAAGGAGUGGAAACUGGGCAAGUGUAUCCUGAGGUUCCCCGAGAUCCUGCAGAAGAUCCUGGAAGACCUGUUACUGCACACACUCUGUGACUACCUCUACGAGCUGGCCACAACCUUCACCGAGUUCUAUGACAACUGCUACUGUGUUGAGAAGGACAGGCAGAGCGGCCAGAUUGUGAAGGUGAACAUGUGGAGGCUGCUGCUGUGCGAGGCCACCGCCACCGUCAUGGCCAAGGGCUUUGACAUCCUGGGGAUUAAACCUGUGCAGAGGAUGUAGCUGUGCCCUGUGGGGUGACAUUAAAGUGACCGAACACCUGGA